AUGGCACUCAUGCAAGAGAGCAGUAGCCAGGACCAGGACAUGCUCCAAGCUCACGACGAGCUCUUGCACCAUUCCUUGUGCUUCGCCAAAUCGCUCGCGCUCACCGUGGCGCUGGACCUCCGCAUCCCAGACGCCAUCCACCACCACGGCGGCGGCGCCACCCUUCUCCAGAUCAUCGCGGAGACUGGGCUCCACCCAAGCAAGCUUCGCGCCCUAGGCCGCCUCAUGCGCGUGCUCACCGUCACGGGCACCUUCAGCGUCCAGCAACCACCAGCCGGUAGUGACGACGACGAAGCUGUCGUCGUCUACAGGCUGACAGCAGCCUCCCGCUUCCUCGUCAGCGACGAGGUGAGCACGGCAACAACCUUGGCUCCCUUUGUGAGCCUGGCGCUCCAGCCUAUCGCUGCCUCUCCGCACGCCCUAGGCAUCUGCGCGUGGUUUCGGCAGGAGCAGCACGAGCCGUCCCCGUAUGGCCUGGCAUUCCGCCAGACCCCAACGCUCUGGGAACAUGCUGACGACGUAAACGCCUUACUGAACAAAGGCAUGGUGGCGGACAGCCGCUUCCUGAUGCCAAUUGUGCUCAGGCAGUGCGGCGAGAUGUUUCGUGGCAUCAACUCAUUGGUUGACGUCGGUGGUGGGCAUGGUGGCGCCGCCGCCGCCAUCGCCGCUGCCUUCCCGCCACUACAGGAGAAGCCUAAAAUUUCGUGGGCCGGUAUAUUUUCGUCGUGCAGCGUGCUUGACCUCCCGCACGUUGUCGCCGGUGCUCCAUCUGAUGGCAACGUGCACUUCGUCGCAGGAAAUAUGUUUGAGAGUAUUCCACCUGCAACCGCUGUUUUCCUCAAGAAAACUCUACAUGACUGGGGUGACGAUGAGUGUGUCAAGAUAUUGAAGAACUGCAAGCAAGCCAUACCUCCACGGGAUGCAGGUGGGAAGGUAAUAAUCUUGGACGUGGUAGUUGGAUAUAAACAGUCAAACAUAAAGCAUCAAGAGACACAAGUUAUGUUCGAUUUGUAUAUGAUGGCCGUUAACGGAGUUGAGCGUGACGAGCAAGAGUGGAAGAAGAUCUUCGCUGAAGCCGGAUUCAAAGACUACAAAAUUCUACCCGUCAUUGGUGACGUGUCGGUCAUCAUCGAGGUCUAUCCUUGA